UGAUCAGUGUGACAAAUUGUCACGCGCAUAUAUCAAAAUCAUCUAGCUCAACUGAUUUUCCAUACGCCAAGGUACGUAUACUACCUACCUUGACACCUAUUACCAAGAAGGUCUCACUGGAAACUCAG